AUGUUGCAAAAAACGCUCUUCGCUCUCUUCGAGCAAGGCCUCCGUGUCGGUGGCGCCCUCGUCUCCGCUCUCCGCUUCAUCCGACGCAGGCUCCUCCUCUCUCUGCGAGUGCGCAAAAAGAUCUUCGUCGUCAGCCUCCUCUUCGUCCUCCUCGACAGAGUCUUCGCCGUCAAGGCUCCCAAAUUCCUCAGCCGCGGCGAGCAGAAGGCGGGGAAGCGCGAAGCCGCCCCCCCCGCCUCAGAAUCUGCCAGCGCAAGCAGCGCAGGCGGGAGAGACGCAACGACCGCGGCCGCGCCGGAGGCAGACGGCGGAGACGCCGAAGGAGAUAGCGGGGGCGGCGCGAGUGAGCAGAGUGCCAAGACUACGCAGACCAUCAAGAGGAGCCAGACGCAAGCUGGACGCGACAAAAGGGCAGGCGAGUGCUUCGCAGAAGAACGCGGAGAGAAGACAGGAAAAGGCGCAGAGCGGCGAAGCAGAGAAGAGACACCGCGGCGAGCACCCUUGGAGGCGACCGCCGCGCAGGGACGCGAAGGAGGGCCCCACAGAGGAGACGGCUGGGGCGAAGAGACAGCACAGGGCGAACAGGCCUCGCCCCGAGCCGCAGACGCGCCGCAGGACAACCAGGAGAGCGCUGACGCGUCUCGGCAAGCGUGGACUGUAGAGGCAGCCGCAGAACGACAAACUGGCAGAGAAGGCGAAGCCCGUUUUGCGCGGUCGGAGCACGCCUUUGUGCGUAGACAACUGACGGCCGGCGCCGUCGCUUCCCCGUCCUCCUGA